AUGAACCGUUUCAUCCUUGCUGCUUUCCUUCUCGUCGCCAUCUUUGCUGUUUCUCUAGCAUCUGUUGCCCAACAAAAAGUCAAGAACGGAGACCGAUUCGAGCUUCGCCUCUUCAACGGAGCCUUGGCCAUCAGCAGAACCGUCCCAGCUGAAAAGCAAGUUUUCAACUUUAUUGGAGAGCACAAGGGAUAUUUCGUUGACGAAAAUGGAAAGAAGAUCGAGUCGUCCAACUACGAAAUUCAGAACGGCAUUCUCGUCAUCAAGAAGUUUACCGAUGCUGAUGUUGGAUUAUACUCCAAGCACCCAAAUGUAGCUGCCAAGUUUUUUGUAUUCGAACUGUCUAAUUUUCUGAAAUUUCAGGAGAAGAUUAUGACCACGAACGAUGAUGGAACCAUCUCCGCUGUUCCAGGACGUACCCUCCGCAUCUCCCUCGAAUAA